CACAAUGCAUUGCCGUUUCAACAUGGCGCUUCACACAGCCGCCUGACACCUACCGAGAAACACCGCGCGACUGGAAUAAACAGUUGGGUCGCUGUUCCUCGAGGUUAACUCAUGGUAGCUCGUGCGGGAGGAUGAAAUUGUUGCUGACGGCACUGAAACACACUAGAAAACCGACUGUUUACAUCGGUCGGCGGUGCUGUUCGAGCCCCAGCAGCAGCAGCAGAGGCCUGCCAUCUCUGCAAGAUGAGGUGAUCGUGGGGUCAAGCCUAGAGCUGGUGCAGACGCUGGGCUCUCAGGUGCAGGUGAGGCCGGGCUUCAUCUCAGAAGAGGAGGAGGCUGCUCUGCUGCAAGAGCUGGAGCCGGGUCUGAGGAAGAAACGCUACGAGUUCGACCACUGGGACGAUGCAAUUCAUGGCUACCGAGAGACAGAGCGUCUGAGGUGGGGUCCGGUGUGUGAGGAGAUCCUGAACCGCGUGCGUUCUGUAGCGUUCCCUCAAGGCGGUCCUCUUCUGGGCCCCGUGCACGUCCUGGAUUUGGACAAAGCCGGCUACAUCAAGCCCCACGUCGACAGCGUCAAGUUUUGUGGCAGCACCAUUGCUGGUUUGAGUCUUUUGUCCGACAGCAUCAUGCGUUUAGUAAAGGAUGAUGCGCCGAACGAAUGGCUGGAUCUGCUGCUGACUCGCCGCUCCCUCUACAUACUGAGGGACCAAGCCAGAUACAACUUCUCCCAUGAGAUCCUAAAGGACGAAGAGUCGGUGUUCAACGGACAAAGAGUGCCUCGUCAGCGGCGGAUCUCCGUUAUCUGUCGUAACCUUCCAGGCUAGCACCUUCCCAAGCUCAGUUUAACUAAAGAGCAUCACAUAGACUGGCUACAGAAGAUUGUGUUACCAGUAUAUAUUGAACUAUCAACCCCCCCCAAAUAAAAAAGGAGAGGUUUUAUUUAUCUAAUA